AUGCCAGAGAUACAGUUGGGUUCCCACACAAUAAGAUCUCAUGGAGCACAAGUAGCAAGAGUCCACAUGCAUGAUUGGCUUAUUCUAAUGCUGCUUGUGGUAAUAGAGAUCAUUUUAAAUAUAAUAGAACCAUUUCAUCGAUUUGUUGGAGAGGACAUGAUGACAGAUCUGAAAUACCCAUUGCAAGACAAUACUAUUCCCCUCUGGGCUGUUCCGAUCAUUGCAAUAAUAUUGCCUUUCAUUGUCAUUAUUAUCUUCUACUUUAUUAGACAUGAUGUCUACGAUUUGCACCAAGCUAUAUUGGGCCUCUUGUUUUCUGUACUUAUUACUGGUGUUAUUACCGAUGCAAUUAAAGAUGCUGUUGGUCGUCCCCGUCCAGACUUCUUUUGGCGUUGCUUUCCUGAUGGAAAAGGGGUGUUCCAUCCUGUCACAAGGAAUGUCCAGUGUACUGGAUUUAAGAGUGUCAUCAAAGAAGGACAUAAAAGUUUCCCUAGUGGACAUACUUCCUGGUCUUUUGCUGGUCUUGGCUUCCUAGCCUGGUACUUGUCAGGGAAAAUUAGAGUAUUUGACCGUAGGGGCCAUGUUGCAAAGCUCUGCGUUAUAUUGCUGCCGUUACUUGUUGCAGCAUUAGUUGGAGUUUCACGAGUUGAUGAUUAUUGGCACCAUUGGCAAGAUGUAUUUGCUGGGGGUCUGUUAGGGAUGACUGUUGCUUCAUUUUGUUACUUGCAAUUCUUUCCACCACCAUAUGACGUAGAUGGUUGGGCACCCCAUGCAUAUUUCAAUAUGCUGGCAGACUCUCGAAAUGGCAACCAAUCAUCGUCGAUCAAUGCGAAUGCUCUUACUGUUAGGCACUCAGAAUUUGAGAGUGUAUAUAUAAGAUCUGCACCGGAUGCCAAUGCUCAAGACUCGAGCUCAAUCCUCGAAGACAUGGAAAGCGGGAGAAGAAAUUGA